UGAACCACAGAUCUCUUAUACAACCAUCAGAGACUUUACUAGUUGAGCUAACUGGAACCCACUUGGACAUGGUUGUUAAGUCGUUGAACGAUGGUGUUGUAGUCAACAAAUUCAAAUUUAUGAUGAGGGCCAAGAAUUGCCCUUUCUUCAAUGUAACUUGCAUCCAUGUAUUGAGCAUCCAAAUCAGGAUUGGACAAUAUCUUCACGUCUUCCCUUUUUCACAACUGGAAGUAUUUGCCGAAAAUCACCACCUAAAACCACAACUUUGCCACCAAAAGGUUGACUCAUCAUUAACAUUAACCGGGAUGUGGAAUUGUGAAUGUGCUGUUCGGCCACCAAGAAGUAAAAGAGCAGCAAUACCUGAAGAAGGAACUGCAAGAGCAAUUUUUCCUUUUGAUCUUACAGUAGCCAAAAUUGUUCUAUAA